AUGAGUCAAGAAGGACCUUCAAGAAGAACCAAAGUUACCAAAAAAAGGACAUAUGCUAAACCGGGAACAUUAUCAUCCUUGGUACAACAAAGACAAUCAUAUUUGACAACACAAGAAACUCUUCAGGCUGUGCGGUCAGAGAAAAAGAACCUGCUAAAGUUAAUUGAGAAAGAACAGCCAAUUGCAAAACAACGAGUUACACCACAAUCUGAAACAAAUGAACAAUGUGUAGAGGAGCAACCAACUGUAGAAGAGCAACCAACUGUAGAGGAGCAGGUUCAAAUGGAUUCUGCAAGCACUCUUCCAAUAAACGAACAAUCCGAAGAACAAGCUUCAGACCCUUCCACUCAAAAAAAUACGAGAGGUACAACACAAAUGCAAAGUGUACAUGGGAGAAAUUAUCGUAAGCUGAUCCUACUGAACAACAACAAUCAACCUGUUGGUCCAACCAAAGAUGUUGUUGUAGAGUUAAGUAGCUUCCUUGGCACAUUGGCAAGGAAUGCGACUCUUUGCCCUCUAGACAUAUUAGUUUGGAGGUAUAUGGACACAAAAGAUGAUUUAUGGACAUAUACAGGUUUGAAGUUACUAAUGUGAAUUAUAUCACUAAAAUUAUUUUACAUGUUUGACUAAUGAAACCAAAUUGUAGGAGAAAAAUGAUAUCACUGAUGAUGCGAAAGAAUGGGCGUUAGAAGUAAUUGGAUCUGCUUGGAGAAGACAUAAAUUUGAUCUGCAGAAAUUAUGUUACAAACCAUGUACUAGUCAUGAAGUUCUAUUGGCAAAAUGACCUCCUUAUGUUCCAGAAUGUCAACUUAAGGAACUCCUCAAAUAUUGGGACUCCAAUAAACAUAAGG